GGAUUUGCGCGCUCCCCCAGCCGCACAGAGCCUUCUUCACAUCAGCAUCACUUCAGCAGCGCAGGCUCCAACUCACAGGUGCUUUUCUCCGCUGCUGUUUGAAAGAACCUGUUUAAUUCUGUUCCAAGUGUUUAUUUUAUUUAAUUUUUUUUCCCCAUCAUUACAAAACACGACAUCUGGUACUUGAAGGAUUUCAAGAAAUUCACCAUAAAGACAAACCGGAUUUAGCCGCUGGAGGCAGGAUGUGUGGCAUGGACGUGGACCUGGAUGAUGGCGGUUCAGGCGAGGAGGAAAAAGAGGAGGAGAUCUGGAUUGGGGAGGGGGUGAAGAUGCUGCCCCCUCCCGUGGCCCACAGUGGGGGCACCGCGUGGGGCAGUCGCAGGGGCCGGUGUGGCUGCCUGGUCUGGGGAGCGGUCCUGGUCCUGUGGAACCUGAGCAUCGUCUUAGCCAGCACUGUGCUCCUGGCUCUGGUCUUCUCUGUGGUACUGCUGCCGGCGAUGCUGCUGCUGUACGCCGGUUUCCUCUGCCACUCCAGGGUCCUUGACGCCCCCUCAGCCAUCUGCCAUUACCUUGACGACAACAGCUGCUCCGCCCUCAUCAUCCUCGGCUUUGUGAUGAUGUCGCCUCUCGUGGUUGUGGCGGCGGCAGUGUUUUGCGGGCUGCUGCGAAAGUUUCGAGUGCUGCUCCUCAUUCAGCCGAUCACACGAGCCUGGUACAGAGGUCGGAUACUGGACUGGGUGGGCAGCGUCCACGCCUGGGUCUGAGUGAGACGGUACCGGAGCUGCUGAGGGACAGACAUGUCAGCAAGCAGCAGCAACUUAGAUCAGGACAAAUUCAACAGGAUGGAUAUACAGUAUGGUAGACAAAAUAAAAGAGCACAGAUUAGAAAAUCAGUCUUUAGUUUCUGGAGUUGAUGUCAGUUUUUCUCAACACAGUAUUAGACUCAAUGAAGCCCCUUUUCCACCAAAAAUCCCAGGAACUUUUAUUAUCAGGAAUUUAUUUACCUGGGUAAAGAAAUUCAGGGUAAUCUGUGUGGUUCGUGUUUCAACUGCAUCUCAAAGUUCCCGGAAAUUUAUUCAAAUUUGGCUCAGUCGUUUCCAGUCACCGACUCGAAGUCCUGUUGAAUUUCUUUUGAGCAUGUUCAGCAAAUACCUUCAGUGAGGUCCAGGGUCUUUUAAGCAUGUUCGGACAGACAAAUGAUUGUCAUGCAUUUGUAGGAGUGAGCUGCAUACACUGAAAAAAACAUAUUUGUACAAUGGAGCUGGUCAUCUGUACACUUUUUGUAGCUUCUCCUUUUUUGCUCCAUUUUCCAAAUGAUCAAAACUCAAACAAAGUGAAGUUUGUAGAAAUGGAAUAAACAAGUUUGUAGCUAUACACUGGCUUAACCUUUGUGGGUGAAUGUAAGUGCAGAACGCUGCAAGUGAGUUCCAUCUAUCAGCGCUCUCCAGCACAAGAUUUCCUGGGAAUCUGAAAAGUCCUACCCUCCUACUAGGAACUAUUUUCAGGGAAAGUUUAAGGUUGAGGAAAAAUUUUUUACCUGGGUAACUUUGGUGGAAAUGCACUGAGGUUUUUCAAAAAUUCUGGGUAAAGUUCCUGGGAAAGUUCCUGUG